CAAUUUGCUCCUCCUACCCGUAUCGAUCAAACUAUCAGCAGCACAGCAGCGACUAUACCAGAAUCGUCGCGUCGUGGGCCGAGGUGCGACUAGGCUACACCACCAGUCAUGGACGCGUGUUUCACUACAUUUGAUGAGGAUAAGGACGGUUUCAUUUCCAUCCCGGAGUUCGGGCUAAUUUGCAGAGCUCUCUUUCGCAAUGAUCGGGGCAAAGUCUAUGAGCUGGAAGAGGAUCGAUUGACGGAAAUUUUUGGCGUGUUCGAUACCGAUAGCAAUGGUUUAAUCGACAGGAAGGAAUUCGAGACCUGCUGGAACGACUGGAUUAAAGUAUGUACCAGACCGAAAAGCGCCUUCCUCAUCGUCGACGUACAAAAUGACUUUAUUUCUGGCUCACUAAAUAUAAAAAAGUGUGCUGCAAGACACGAUGGCUCAGAAGUUAUCGAACCCAUAAAUAAACUUCUAGAUAAUGUACCAUUUGAUGCUGUCUUUUAUUCCCUUGACUGGCAUCCAGUUGAUCAUGUGUCUUUCAUCGAUAAUCUACAUUUGCGUGAGCUGGACGAAUCUAGCGGUGUUGCAAAAGAGGAAGCGCGAGUCUACGACACGGUGACAUUCAAGGGGCCACCGAUGCUGAAACAGCGACUCUGGCCCCGACAUUGUGUCCAAGACACGUGGGGCGCCGAACUGCACAAGGACCUGAAAGUCAUCGAGCACGGCGUGAAGAUCUAUAAGGGCACAAACCCCGAGGUCGACUCCUACUCCGUAUUCUGGGAUAACAAGAAGCUCACCGAGACAUCACUGUCGUCCCAAUUACAGGAGAAAGGGGCCACGGAUAUCUACGUGUGCGGGGUGGCUUACGAUGUGUGCGUCGGUGCGACCGCUAUCGACGCCCUGACCAGUGGCUAUCGCACGAUUCUCAUCGACGAUUGCAGCCGAGGUGUCGACCUUGUUGAUAUCGAAAAGACUAAGGGAACGGUAAUAGGUAGCAGUGGUGUUAUCGUCACCUCGAGCCAGGUCAAGGCCAUGGUCGAGGGUAGAGAUCGUAGACCCGAAUUAGGAUACAAGCUUGCGAUGGAGAUCAAGAGAAAGGCUAAGAAGCUUAGCUCCGAUAUUAAAACUAUGGACCAUUGAGUCGCCUAUGUGCUUGUGCAUUGCAAUUAGAGACUAAGCACUUUGCGCCUAUCGGUUAGUCACCUUUUCGAUAAGUUUGGCUUUUAUUAAAUGAUAUUAUAUAUCCAUAAUGACUAGCUGCUGACUUUUAAAUUAGCGCUUUUUCUUUUCUCGGUAUGAUAAAUAAUUCAUAUUCAUUACAAGCAUACAAAUUUAAAUC